GAGCAACUCAUAACCAUUUAAAUACGCGUCUUGAACGCUUAUGGUUUCAACAUCAGCCUUAAUUUUUUAAAUAAAAAAUGGCUCCAUUAUAUUCCAAGUUCGCUCUGUGCUUUCUAAUAAUGACUCUUGCUGAUGCAGGAGUUUUGAAAUCAAGACAGAUCAGUUUACCAUCAGGACCUAUUGUUAUGGAUGUGGCUAUUCGACAAAAGAGUAACGACACCGCAGCUAAGACGAUUGCAACUAUGAAGAUUGAAAUAGAUGGAGAAGAUAAGAAGGUGACUCUAUUCGACGCCGCAGCAGAGAUGCCUCCUGAUAAAGUGAUCGAAAUGGAAAAUAAUCCUAAGUUUGUGCCAAGCAUCGAAGACAGGAGCAUAUUUUCUGGAACAAAGUGUCCUAAAGGAUACGUAAAGCGAGAUAAUGUGUGUUUUCCUGAAGAUUAUGAUUGAACAGUACUUGUGCUACGUAAAUAUAAAAUAUUAUGUUAAGAAUACUGAAAUGUGAUAUGUUAUGUGUGAUAAUGUUUAGUCUCAAUUUGGACAUUAUACGCAGGUCGUAUUGUCAAGCAUUAGGUAUUUGCAUUUUUGUUGAUAAACAAUUGUUCUAUACUUUUAAUACUUAUUUAUUACAAUAAAUGGCAUUCUAAUUCAUAUU